AUGCAAAAUUCACCGCAAGAUUCAUAUAUACAUGCGUCUUCAAACGAAACCUCCCCACUUUCCAAUGAGGAUAUUAUUGCUCAAAAGAUUUUGAAAAGGGCUGAAAUUGCUAAAAUGACCAGACAAUUGAAGGAAAAACUACUUAGAGUUGGUUUAAAAGUCCGGGAUCAAAACUCUAUUUCUGGUAAUGACGACAAUAACGCCCAUCCACACCAAUUGAACUCGAGCACUUCCUCAACGCCAAUGAGUUCCCCUUCGAAAAGCCUGAGUGAAGAUGUCGCCAACGAUAUUACAGCAACCGCAAUAUCAAAUAUCCAAAACUCAAAAUUGUUGACCCCAACAAAAUCCAGGUUAAGUUUGGAUGGUAACAAUAUAUCUCUUUCCUCAUUAACGCCUGCUACCAUAUCUCCCCUAAAGAGGAAACGUUCUAUGAUGUAUAGAACAAACUCACACUAUGAGCAACAUGAUGAUACUCUCGUAUCUCCAUUGAAAAGGUCCAAUACCACCGGUAUGCUGAACUCCUCUCCAUUUGAUAUGACAAGUAGCCCUUACCAGUUUACGAGGGGGUCCUUACUUGUAACCCCACAAUCUCUUCCUCAUUCUUCAACUAAUAAUGCAACACAGCCUCCUAAAACACCACCAUUGAAGCAGUUUGACAUCUUCCAAACUGUCCAGAGAUCAUCAGAGAUUAAACUUGUAACCAAAUCUAACACUUUGAAACCUUCCAACGAAUUCCAAAAUGAAAACUCGAGAAGAAUGAGCCCUAAAAAGAAACUAUUACCUCCUUUGCAGCAAGAUCCAGAUUUAAAUAGAACAAUACAAGCAGAUCAACCAUGGGAUGAAAAUACACCUUCACUGCAAAUGAACCCAGACAAGGAACAAUCGACUAACAGUUUACUGUCCACUCCAAGGGCUUCAACUAGCAAAAACAACCAAGAUGAUGGUGCUGAUUUACUUUUGUUCUUAUCAAAUUCGCCAGCGAGAACAUUCAACAAUAAAGAACAACGGGAUAUUAAUAAGAUGUUGGCUAUUCCAACAACACCAAAGGCAAAUAAUAGUAACCAUAAUAUUAUCAGCAUUGGUGGCAGUGGGUUAGAGUCUACCCCUCUAAGAAAUGGUUUCUUAUCUCCAACACAAAAUUCGAUGAUGCAACCUCUACUAGGCACACCAAUUGGAAUAAAUCUCUUAAGUAAUAACAAUAAUAAUAAUCAACAUGGAAGGUUCCAAGCUCCUGCUACCCCGAACAAUAGAUUAUCUAGUAACUCUCAUAAGAAUGUCAACAGAACUCCUGGGUUUAGCAUGAGUGAUUAUAUCAAUUUCACCCCAUCACCGAGAGUCGCAAGAACCCCAGAUUAUUAUCAGCAUUCAUAUAAUAUAUACACUAAAAAUUUGAUGAAUGUUAGUAAGGACUUGAAUAACAUCACAAACAUCAAAGAAGAUGAGGAGUUGUAG